AUGAGGCAAUCCAUGCCUCCGAUGUUGUGUGCCCCGCUGGGUGAUGGUAAGCACCCGACCCGUGGCUCAACCGUCAGGCUCCUGCCCCGAACGGGCGGUUCCAAACUCCGCGGCCCUGUGAUGGUCGAAGCUGCUACACCAGCUGCUCUGCCUCCAGUUCAGCGGACGAAUCUGUUGCCGCGGGAGCUCCGGAAAAACAGGUCACCAAAUUGGGACCUGCAAGCUCACAACGAUGUCGUCCGCUGGGGCGCGGCCGAGUUAACCCCAGAAAGUGGCCUGAGGCCGCCAGCUCGCCUUUACCCCGGCUCCGGGACGGAGACGUGGCCACGACACGCCAUUCUCCACGUCCAGCUAAAUGCCAAGGGGCGCCCACUUUACCGAGUUUACUCCUCGCGUCAACAUGAGCUGGGGCUUCUGCUCCUGGAAACCCUGGUGGGCUUUCUAAUCCCCUUCGUCUCCCUGUCUAUUUCAUACAGCGCCAUCUCCAACAGGAUCAGGCAAAUGACCGGCACCAAUAAAAAGAGAGCGGUGAAGUUGAUCGCCAGCAUCGUGGUGGCCUUUGUGCUUUGCUGGUCUCCAUAUCACAUAGUCAACCUUAUUCGGAUCACCGUCAUGUUGGCGCAGCCAGACUCAUUCCGCGAUUGGGACAAGAUGUACCGCACAGCAAAGAACGCUGCCGGGGCCCUGGCUUUUAUCAGUAGCUGCAUUAACCCCAUCCUGUACGCGUUCGCCGCUCGAAACUUUAACAUGGGAUUUAGAGCUGCAAACCUUGCCAAGGUCUUUGAUCAAAUGAGCAGCAGCAUCAGGGAGAAGCGAGACAAAGAGUCCAAUGAGAACGAGCGUCGCUCGGAAUCUGCAGACAUGCUGCAACUCUGAGAAACGCUACAAAUUAUCCGCUCGCAUCAAAGUCAUUAUUUUGUUUUACAUAUUCCGCCUACAGCAGAUGGUGAAGAGAACUUUCCUUCUGUGUGACUAGCUCAGCGAAAGGUCGCAGACGUGACUGUACCACAAGAACCAUUGCAUGUGAUCUGAUUGGAAACGUCCUCAAAUGAGUCUGAAGAAAGGUCCUGACCCGAAACAUGUUCUCCAGAGAUGCUGCCUGGCCCGCUGAGUUACUCCAGCACUUUGUGUCUUUUAUUUUUGUAAACUAGCAUCUGCAUUUUCUUGUUCUUUGGGCAAGUGUCCAUUGUAAUUGAAUGGGGUGGACUGCACCUUCACCCAGACAGUGUGAGUCUUCUCGUAAUGUGAAAUGAAUGAGCUCUUCAACAAAAGUGAGUCCAUCGCCCUUCUCACGAUAUUCAGUGUAAUUUACACCAAUAUCUCAGCAGUUAUCAUUGACACAAACUAAUUAACCGGUCGGGUUUUUAGUAACUACCUCAUCUCGCAACUCUCCAAUUGUAUUGCACUGUCUACAAGGCACAAAACAAAUGGGUAGAUACUUCUGAAGAUGAGUCCAGAUCUGAAAUGUCAUCUAUCCAUGUUAUCAGGCACAAAAAGCUGGAGUAACUCAGUGGGUCAGGCAGCAUCU